GGCCAAAGCUUCUUUGCAAAUCCACAGUCCGGCGAAUGCGCUUGGGCCGUGCCCUCGGGGACCUUUGUCUUGCCACCUCAGUCGGGGGGACAAUGGUGGGAGCUGUACGAUGAGGAGCGAGACUUGCGCUCUGCUUCUUCGUCAGCAGGAAAACGCAACGGUCUUCCCCCACCGGCACCGUCAGCUUCCACCAAGCCGCACUCUGGACGAGGAGCCGGGCUCUCCACCAUUCCAUCCACGAACAGCCUUCCAAUUCAGUCAGGAAGCAGCAGAUCCGACCCAGGUUACGAAGACAGCUCCGCCGACUUUCCUCCGCCGGCCUCGUUUGAGCUGCGACGUAUCGUACGUCGCGAACGGGAUCCAGUCAAGCGCAAGCGAAUGGCAGCGCUUGCGGCAGCGUCGUCCGAAAGCAAUCCCCCGCCUCCUGUUCCUCGAUUGCCAACCACCAGGCUGAGCACCGGCGAUCACAAAGUCCUCCCAGCUGACCUGAGACGGGAGAUUGAGGCAUUUGCAAUCGAAAGCUACGCCAAAAGGCAUUUUGCCGUCCAUCGAUCGGGCAUCCUUCGGAGGAAAACGCCCUUAGAGAAGCUUCUCAGAUGGCAAAAGCAACCCAUCACCUCGCCACUCCUUGCUCUUGAGGAUUCAGAGACGAAAAAGGAUGCUGUGCGAGGCUUCAAAGUCAUUUUGCGCAUCAUGGGCGACCGCAUCACGCCCGUAUUUUGGCCAAAGCGCUGGCUUCUCGAGCGUGGUAUCGCAUCCGGCUCUGCAUUUCGAGAUGAGAUCUUUAUUCAGACGAUAAAGCAGCUCACUUCGAACCCAAGGUUCGAGUCGCGAAAGAGUGGAUGGGAGUGGAUGUGCGUGUUACUCGUCACAUUUGCGCCCUCAAGGGAUCUACACGGUCACUUGCAAAGCUUUAUUAAAGGGUGCGCCAGCUCAGGUCCUGAAGGCCCAAAUUCGACGAGCGAAGAAGAGGUCAUCAUGGCGAGGUACUGCCUGGGUCGAUUGGCCAAUAUCGCAAGAAGAGGGUCACGGCUGCAGACACCUACGAUUGCGGAGAUCGAAUGUGCUUCCGAGGCGGCCUUCCAUCCGGGCGUUUUUGGUCAGACGUUGGACGUCAUCAUGCAACGACAGGCCGAUGUGUACCCAGAGGCCAAGGUUCCUAUUGUUCUCACCUUUCUUACCGACGCUAUGCUUGCCAUGGAUGCUCUUAAGGCUCCCUUGGUCUUCCGAACGCCCGGCGACCCCGACUUGAUGACGAAGCUGCGCGUGCGAAUCGAGAAGGGACAUUACAGCCUCGUCGGUCUUGUCUCGCAGCUUGACGGCGACGUCUCAGUCUUGGCCAGUCUGUUGAAACUCUGGUUCAGGGAGCUGGAAGAGCCUCUGUUUCCCCCCUCGAUCUACUACGACUGUCUCGAGGCGGCUGCCACGCCAAAUCAGCCAGAGUCCGUCAAGGCUUGCCUAAGAAUUGUACAGGAGAGGCUACCCAAGCUCAACAAGCGCGUCGUAGCCUUCACUGUCUCCUUUUUACAGCUGUUCUGCACUGAGCAGGCCAAGGACAUCACAGGUCUGUCCGUCGAGAUGCUUGCGGGCGUCUUUGCGCCGAAUCUGUUCUUGUGCCCA